CCCUUCUUCUUCCUCCUCUCGCCUCCUCCUCCCCCCAACCCUACUCUCCCAAAUCCAAAACCGGGAGCUAGCGGCGGAAAAAAAAUUAAAUAAAAAGAGGAGGCGGGGGAAGAAGAUCGCAACGGAAUUGACACUCACUGCUGCGGCGGCCGCCCCGGCGCCGGUUCCGAUCGGGUGAGGGGCCGGAUCCCCCGGAUCACCCCGCGAGGGUAGCCCAGAUCCCCCGCGCGCGAUUCCGGCGGCGGCGGCGGGGAUGAGAGCCCCGAGCACAUGGGCGGCGCGGGCGGGCCUGGGGCAGGAGGAGUAAGCCGGUCGCAGAGGCGGCGGGAGGAGGAGGAGGAGGAGAGGCGGAGGUGGUUUCGGUGUUGGUGGUGGAGGAUUGAGGACGGUGUUGGUGUUGGUGGUGGGUUGAUCCGGCGGGGGCCCGAGGCGGCCGUGCCAUGUCUCGCUGCUUCCCGUUUCCGCCCCCAGGAUAUGAGAAGACACCGCGCCCCGACGGCCAGCUAGCCUCGCCCCUGGUCGACAAGGAGAAACACAAGGAGAAGAAGCAUAAAAAGGACAAGAAGGACAAAGAGAGAAAAGAAGGUAAAGAAAAGAAGGAUAAAGAUAGGAGUAAAGAUAAGCACAGAGAUAAAAAAGACCGAAAAGAAAAGCACAAAGACAAGAAGGACAAGAGCAAAGAUAAAAGCAGGGAAUCAGAAGAAGGGGCUGAAAGACAUGGCGAGGCUCCCGUUGGUCAGAAGUCUGGAGAGAGCAGCAGAAAGUCCGAAGAAAUCAAGGAUCCUAAGUUCAGAGAGGACCUGGUCAGAAAGGCACAAGAAGAGAAAGGGGCAGAAAAGCGAGCUGCUGAGAACUUUGCUGUUCCUAAUGAACGAAGUCGUGAAGUCUUUAGUGCUGCACCUGCAUUGGAGAAUGAAAGGAAUGGUGCUAAUAAAAUGCGUAUUCAGUCUAUUAAUGCUUCAAGAAAAAAUGAGGGCUUGGCGCAGCAGAACAUCAAUCUCAAUCAGCAGAAAAAUGGAACAGCAAUACGACGUGGCGAGAACCUCAAUAGUUCAUCUCAAAGAGAUUCUGAUGGCCUUAUUACAGCACCUACGGUGGAAAAGGGAAGAGUCGAAGGCACAAGACCUCUCCCCAAAUCAACUGAUUCUGCACCAAGGAAAGAGGGGAUUGGGCAGCGAAUCAAUAACAUUAGUAUACUGGUGCAGAAGAGAAGUGAGAGCCCAGACAAAGAGAUUAGGAAGAAAGAAAUUGGCACGAGCUCUCCAUUGCAUCCAAGCCCUGCUAACACCAUGCAGAAGGGAAAUGGUAAGGUUGGAAGGCCAAUGGAUAAUGCACCAGCAUCAAAACAGAGGUUUGACAGUCCAUCAGCAUCUAACGGUGCAGCAGGGAUGGAUAGAAGUCUACCUAGGUCAACUAUUCCAAGCCCAAGCAUUACAAUUCGAAGGCCAAAUGGGAUGGCUAGGCCACCCGAAAGCUUUUCCAUUUCCACUAAGAAGCCUAAUGCUGGAGGUAUUUCACCUGCUAUGGGCAGGGAAAAGGAACCAGGUGGUAGAAUGCUACAGAAUAAUGUUUCAACUGAUCAGAAACUGGUUGGUUCUAAGGCCCCAGCUGUGGGCAAGGAAAAGGAGACAGGUGGAAGGACACUACAGAAUAAUGUUUCAACUGAUCAGAAACUGCUUGAUUCUAAACCUCCAGCUGUGGAGAAAGCUGCAGUUGGAAGAGCUGAAAGGGUGGAGAAGGUCAGAGAUGGGGCACCUGAUGUUGCAAAGAAAGAGGACAAAAAACGUGAUCGGCAUGAGAAAAAGAAGAGGAAAGAGAAAGAUAAACACAAAGAGAAGAAAAAGGAAAAGGAGGCAAAGAAGGAGAAAGAGGAACAUAAUCACAAAGAGCAUGAUAAGCUUAGAGAAAACAGUAUAAAUUAUCAGAUAGAUAGUCUUCACACAAAGCCCGUAACCCCUCCUUCAGCCCCUCCAGCAGAUGAUGCGAAAGCUAUCCUAGUUGAUGAAAACCUGAAGAAGCGAAAGAACCAUGAGAUGAAUGGUCACUUACAAAACCAUCAUGAUAUGCGGCCUACAAAGUUGCCGAGACCAGCUCCCUCCAGCAAUCAUGUGGAGAAUGGUACAGCAUCUCAUGUAGCCGCGCCACUCUCUUCCAUGAAGCCAGAUGCCAUAAAUAUUGAAAAGGCUGAAAGGCUCCAUAAGAAGGAAGAGAAGGUCAAUGGCAACAAAGAAGCUCAGCGACCUUUGGUCGAUUCGGGGCACCGGGAUCCCCAUGCAGCAUCUGGGAAUGGCAGCACCCCUCCUAAGAAGUCACCUCACCCAGAUUGUAAGUAUCUGGGACAGAUAUACACCAUUCCUGAAGCACCUCAAAUGAUGGAAUGUGAGGUUGGUGACCAGGACUGGUUGUUUGAACAUUCUAGCACCCAGUCAGAAAAGCCCAAGUCAGAGAUUGAGGCCGAUGGAGCGGCCCAAGUGUGGGCUCAGGCUGUGAGACUCGACUCUGCUGAUGUCAUUGCACUGCCGUAUGUCAUUCCUUUCUGAUAUGAUGCUGUGAGUGGACUAAAAAACAUCCAGGUUUGCAACUAGUUUCUGCCACUGCUUUGCUGCAAUUUGUGUAGCUUGGCAUGAAUGGGUGAGUGAUUCUCCCAUUCGCAGGUAGCUGUUCCCAUAGCCUACAUGCACCCUUGUAGACCUGGUGCAUGGCAAUGCAGCACUUGUGAGAGCUGGCCUGUCAGCUGAAGAGUAUCCCGACGAGCCAAAUGCUGCGAGGAGAAGACGCAGCAUUGGUUCGUCCCGUAUGUCCGUCGCCAUAACAUCGCCGAUCCCAGCAACCGUGGGGUUCAUCAGCUAUCCUGCUGCUGCUACCGCUGCACAAUUUUGAUCUGUACGGUGUAAAAGCAAUUCUUAUAACCAACAUGUACAUUAGAGAGUGAGAGGGAAAGGGAGAGGGAGAGCAGGAGGAGAGGGAAGAGGAAGAGAAAGAGAGACUCGAUGGAUUCAUUUAUAUAGUUUGGAUGGCCGAUGAGAGACAAUCUGCUCCUGCCUGAUUUAUUCUUGCAAAGUUGGCAUAUUACCUUUGACAUGUCUUUUUGGUGUAUAUACAUGAACUCUCUUAGUUUUACAUA